UCACGCUUCAAUUAUUUACCUGUCAUACCUGUACAGGUAUAUUCAUUGUUACUAAUCAUGGUUCCCGUGUACGGGUGUCUGAUAGAUAUAUUGUCAAAUUUUCUAUGUGACUAAUUGAUAAAUGGAUUAACAUGUGGUGGAAUUAAGUUAAAUAUUGUUGUUUGAUUGUUUUUGAUUCUCAUACAGGUAGGGACAGGGAAUAUUGGAUUACACUUACGUUUACACCGUUGCCAUCUACUGUUCUGGUGCUACAAACUAAUUGAAAAUGACAACCGCUUCGGAGGAAAGAGGAUAUCGCAGACUUUCAUCGAUAUUUCAGGCACCAAUACUUAACCCUAAAUCAUGCCACAGGUGCAAGGGGUCAGUUUAUCAAGCAGAGAAAAUGGGGCCUGUUCACGACGUUUUAUUUCAUAAGUCAUGUUUCAAAUGUGUGGAUUGUGGUACCCAUCUAAACAUCAAAAAUUAUUUUUCAAACCAGCUUGAAGCCAAUGACCGGGAGAUAUACUGCCAUGCACAUGUUCCUCGUGUUGGCGCAGCGAAGUACGACAAAAAUGCCCUGGGAAUUAAACAGGCAGUUGACGUCCAAACUAACUACAAAAAACAUUCUAGAAAACUAAAUCCGCAGAUACGAAAAGCGGGAACAAUAAGAAAUCCAAGCUUUGAUUACCAAGCAAUGGCCAUCAGAACAGCAGUGUCGGCACCCAGUACAAGAAAUUCUAAAGUGAUAGAACCAAUAGCAAAUAUUGAUUCCAAUGCAUUGCAUAUCAAAGGUGCCAUAGAUGCUCAGCUGUUGACCAGAGGCAACCAAUUCCCACAUGACAAACAUCACUUUCCUCCAAAUAUAUACAAAAAGCGACAACGCCUCAUAGAUGCACAGAAGAAAUUAGAAGAAGAACUGAGAAAAGAAGAAGAUGCUGUGAUAGAUGAAAUGAUGAAAAAACGAUCGGAAGAAAAUAAUAAGCUUUCAGAGGAAAUAAAGAAAGAAUGGGAAGUCAGACUGAAAGAGCUGACGGAGAAAUUUGACAAAGAGAUGGGCAAAAAAAGUAAAAAGCUUAGAGAUUCAGAGAAAAAGCUGAUGACCGUUAACUUUGAAAACCAGAAAAGAGAAUUGGGGAAUAUAAUAGAAAGAAAGAAGGCAGAAAAGAGACAAAACAUGACAAUACGUGUACGAGAAAAGGAACAAAGAAAAAUGGCGCAUUUGGUUGAAAAACAGAGUCAGCAAAUGUUACAGCUGUUGGCCGCCAAACAAGAAGAAUUAAAACAGGAAGUGGCUCAGGAACUUCCUACAAAUGGUGAUAUUGCUGAGCCUGAUGUUAUAGAAAAUGUAAUGGAAGCUUUAAACUUAGAAGUCACAACUACAGAAUUACCACCGCCCCAUCCACCAAGCUGUAGGAAAAAAGAUCUGUUUUCAGAUGUUAGUGUGUUCAACGAAAUCGACAACCAAGUUAUUCAGGUAGCAAAAGAUGACCAUCUGACAUAUACAGACAUGAUGGAGAAAUUGACUGGAAAUCUACCAAAUGAUAUCGACAAAGCAAGGGCAAUCUAUAGAUGGAUAACUGUGAAGGAUUUAAAUAUCAUGGAAUUUGAAGAAGCAAUCGAUUCCAAUACACCUUUAGGAUUGUUAAAGGGCAUUAAGUUUGGAACAGAAACAUACCAUGUUUUGUUCAUGCGAUUGUGCAGUUAUGCGGGUUUACACUGUAAAGAGAUAAAGGGCCAUUCUAAAAGUGUUGGUUAUGAACCAGGAAUGAAGAUUGAACCAGAAAGUUUUCAGAAUACAUGGAACGCUGUCCUUAUUGAUGGCGACUGGAGAUUGGUACAGUGUAACUGGGGUGCUAGACAUCUGGUUCUGAACAAAGAUAAGAAAAAACCAGAUUCUCCAAGAGAAAAAGAGAAAGAGAGAAAAGAAGCAGAGAAAAAAGAACAAGAAAGAAAAGAAGCCGAAAAGAGAGAACAGGAGAGAAAAGAAGCUGAGAAACAGAAGAUAGAUGGAGAAAACGAUGGAGAAAAUGGGGAUGCGACAGAAAAUGGUAAAGGUGACGAUACAAAGGUGAAUGACACAAUCCGAUAUCAGUAUGACGAGCAUUACUUCCUCACAGAUCCAGAUGAAUUCAUUCAAGAAUUCUGGCCUAAUGAGCCAGAGUGGCAACUGUUAGAGAAACCGAUAACCAAAGAAGAAUUUGAAGAGCUUCCCUUUGUCAGAUCCGUAUUCUUCCAUUUUGGGAUGCAUUUUGACCGAGGAUUGAAGGCAGUGGUUGAAACAUCGGACAGAGGAGGAUGUGACGUAAGACUUAAGGUAAAUGAAAAACUUGAAAAUGAUAUUGUAUUUUUCUACCAGCUACGGUUUGCGGACAGGGAACGUCGACACGAGGCUGGUUACCGUGGUGCUUACUUAGAGCGGUUUGUAUACAUGACAAUGAUUGAUAACACAGUCAUGUUUAGUGUGCACGUGCCAACGCCAGGCGAAUACUUCUUUGAAGUGUUUGCCAAUCGACUUGAUGAAGCAGAAGGUCCAAAAGGUAAUGCCUCCGAUGGUGUAGUAUCAUCAUUUAGAUUGAAGUGUGCUUGUAAAUUUAAGAUCGUUUGCAAAACUCUUGUUGGUAAAAUGCAUCCAUUACCGGAAUGUGCUGCAGGUGAAUGGGGUCCCAAAAAGGGAAAAAGGCACUUUGGAAUCAAAGCUGUAUCAGUUAAGCAUCAGGACAAGGAUCAUGAAACUAUUUCAGACGACUCCAGUGAAACAACAUCUUUGAAAUCUGACACAGAAGUAAUUGACACCCAAUUAAAAGAUACCCCAGAUAAUCCGAAGGGUGGAAUUGUUAAUGUCAAUGAAACAGUGGAUUUAGUGUUUAAGUUGACAAAGCCAUUACAAUUUGUAAUCAAGUUGAGAAUGAACUCUGUUGAUAGUAAAUCUUUGGAUCCCUUCGUACACCACACAGUAGAGAAGGGUACAACAUUGAGAAUUACAGUAUCACCUCCACAAACGGGACAAUAUGGAAUUGAUGUGUACGCUAGACCGCUUGAUUCACACGACAAAAAACUUUCACAUGCAUUUAAAUAUCUCUUGAAUUGUUUAAAGGUGACGGAACCGGUGGAAAUUCCAAAGAUUAGACCGAAAACAACCCCGAAACGUGAUUCACAAUGGGGACCGUCUCCUAUGUUUGAAGAGCUUGGAAUGAGAACUGUUUCUCAUAAUGAACCAAAAAUAGAGUGUUCAGAAUCAAAUCAAAUUACAAUUGAAGUGUUUGUUCCACGAUCAGUUUCCGUUUCUCAUCAGUUUCUUCGGGAACCUGGUGGUGAUAUUCGUGAUCAAGUGGCAAUGGCAAGACAAGAAUCAAAUCCAGAGAAAACUUUCUUUAAAGUUACUCUCCCUGAAACUGGCAAUUACAUGUUGGCAAUAUAUGCUCGCCUAAGAGAUGGAGAAUCCAGGAAUCUCUCAAAUGUAUAUAACUAUCUAAUUGUGUAUAGAAAAUCGCCUGUUCCUGAAACUGCGCCUUUGGCAAAAGGCGGAGAUAGAAAGUCGUCUGGUAGUUCUAUAUUUAGAAAGGGAUUGUUCAAGAAAACUGAAAAAGACAAGCAAAAAUAAUAAACUAAUAACAUUGUAUCAUAAUAAUUUUAUACACAUGACAGUAACAAUAUUACUCAAACCGGUUUUUUAUAUAUAUACUUUAUACUUUUAUACCAACUGCCAUUCGAAUGCAAUGUUUCAUAUUAAUGGGGAAAAGUGCUAUGCAUCAUUGGGUAUACCUUUGCAAUAUAUCAGCUAAUGACACUGUGAUAUAAGCUUUUAUCUAUUAUGUAUGCAGGGUAAGGUUUCAGGGUUUCAUCGACAGAUUAAAUCAUCAUGCUUUGUUCUAUUUUAAAGUGAAUAUUAAUAUGAUUUCAGAGGUAGUCAAAUAAAAAUCAAAGGUUCCAUGUUCAUCAUGAAAGGUCAUAAAUAACAGUUUGUAAUGAUUUCAAAUACAUUGCAUCCUUUUAACACAUGUAAUGUCUUAAACGGAAUUUAAAAAUCCCUAUUUACUAAUUUACUGCAAAGUGCAAUUAAGUGUUUGAUGUUAUCUUUAAUUGAUAUUAGAAUUGAUCAUAAUUUUUAAAAGAAUUAUAGAUACACAAUAUCCAUAAUAUAUUGUUUUUUGUUUUGUUUUUUUUUGUUUAUAAGUAAUAUGUUUUCUAAUAUAUUUUGACAACAGUAAAAAAAACCCAUUAAAACUAGAUUGAAACUAUGAUUGGAACAAGAAACAUUUCGAAAGCUUACUUUUAUUUUUACCAAGUAUAUCAUUAUUCCAGUCAUGGUUAGAAGACAGUAGUUAUAGAGAAAACUUUAAAAGUAGUAUCAAAACGGCUUGACAUUCUGUUAAUUAAUUAUAAUACACUGUGUCAGUGAUAGAAAAUGUAGUUGAUUUGCAAAAAAUGAAAGUAGUUACUGAUUAUUACAGAAGAAUUUAAAAAGUUUAUUGAUGCAUAAUAAUCACGUGAUAAUUUGAUUUGUAAAAUGGUUCAAACAGUUAGUAUGUAAGUUAACUUAUAUCAAAAUGAAUGUAACAGUUUUACAUGUGUUAUGUGUUAAAUAAUGUUGUCACAAGUACAAACUCUUAAAUAAUAUUUUAUUGAUAUUGCAUUUAAUAUAUGAUAUUAAUAUAUUGCGUUUAUUUUAAAUGAUCUGUGAACAUUUCACAUUUGUGGUUUGUUUGUUAAUGUUGAGUUUAUCAGAUUAUGUACAUCUUAUUUUGUUGACAUUAUAUAAGAUAUGGUAUUAAUCCUUAUUUGGUGCGUAUCUUUAUAGUUUGUACUAUCUACCUUAAUGAUAUUCUGGAUGCAUUGAACCAUUAAAACAUAUAAUCUGUU